AAUGCCACUAACUGCCAUUCUCCUUCAACCCUAGCCUCUCUGCAUUUCGUCUCAUCAUUUUUCCAAUUGAUCAGAGAAUACAAUUAAAAAUGGUGGGCUUACCGUAUGAUUGCCUCACAAAUCCACUGGGAGCCGUCCGAUUGACAUUUGAAAAGGCGGUAGCUUCAGGCUCUGAUCCAGCCACAUUCGACGGCAAGGACUGGGGCGCCACUGAUCUUUUCAGUCAGUUCCUUUUUGACGAUGGCGGUCUUUCUAAGGUUCCAUUUCUGAAUCCUUCAACAAUGACAUGGGUGCAGCCCAACACUCUAGUUCGAUUUCGGGGAAUGAUACAAGACAUGUUGGGUAAUGAAUUCUAUGUUGGCGCAUACAAGGAGGGAGAAACUUGGAGAACAAAUAAGUUUGCUGACUUGUCUCAAUUCCCUAUGGCUACGGGUUCUUCACCUGACAUGCGUGUGUGGGAGCGGCGUUUACUUUACUGUGUUCCUGUUCCAGGGCAGAAUUCAUGGAUUGAACCUUCUUCUGGAGCCUUGCUAAAUCCAUGCGCAAUUUCUUCAUCUCCACAGAGGGAGAAGCGCCAGAGGGACAAUGAUCUAGCAAUGAAUGACGUCGAUAUGCAAGUCACAGAUGAGGAGGUUCAUGAUUCCACAUCCAACAAAAAGAUGCGAGAGGAUGGAAUUGCUUCAGGUUCAUCAAAUUCAGGAAGCACUCCAACUGAGGGAGUUGGUUCUGCUACGAGUGUGCUUCCAAAUUUUGACACAACUUCUUUUCCAUGUCUUGUGAAGGUAAAUCUUGAGUUGCUCAUGAAGAAUUUGCAAACUGAUAAAACUUGGUGGGCGAAUUUUCCAUCUCCAAGGAAAAAUGCUCCGAUCNCUCUUGAGCAUGCACUUAAAGACACCUCUUUGUUUCAGGUACCUCGACUCCAUUGCCUUGUUCACAGGAAGCUUACCGCUCAAGACUUUAUUUCAGGCCCACUCACAUUCGAGCUUAAAUCACAACUGGUGAAAGGAAUAAGGGAAGCUCUAGUAGGGCACCUCACGACUGUCCUAGGAAAUGAUGGUGUUGCAGCUAAUUUCAUGUUAUUGCAUCUGUUGUCUAAGGUGCAUGCCAGAGUGGAUUCAAUUGCUGUUGGAAAGCUUUCCUUGAACCUAACAUGUUUUACCAAGGAAACUCUGUCUAUUUUUGGUCAUCGUCUUAAUUUUGCACUCAAGAACCUUCUACCAUUUACACAUUAUGUACCUUUAACAGUGGAUUACCUUAACAAAGUUUCUCUUGCCCCAAGAAAAGAUUAUCAAACUAACAGACUGGUAUCAGGGAUACUGCAACUUGCUGAAGGCUCUCAUUUAACCAUUGAUGAGACACAACUACAAGCAGGGACUCUUAACUCUACUGGGGUUGAUAACGCAAGGGUCCUGAAAAGCUUGUUGGAAUUGCAAAAGGUUGAAUAUGACUUCACUUAUUAUAAGAUGGACAUACCUGCGGACACUCAGUUGCUAGUUCUUUCUGAGGGGAAAUCCAAUAUACUCCCAGCAGAUUUGGUUUUACCAUUCCGUCCAUUGUCAUUAGAUGCUGCUCAAGAUGUUGAGACAGAAGUGCUGCGAUCUUGGAGAUGGUACCUGGCUACUAUGAGAUCAUUGUCACACUCUAUUGAGCAAGAAAUGCAGAAGGUGGUAGAAGAUGACUUAGUAGCUGCCAGGCAGGCAGAUAGAAGCUUAAGUAGCCAAGAUUUCAGCAGGUUGCUGACAAUGGGACGUCUUAUAUCACUAAGUUUUGGUGAAACCUCUUUAACCCUUGAACAUUGGCAAAUGGCCAAAGAACUAGAGCGCCUUCGAAAGGAGAGAUUGCAGGGUAGCUCAUAAAACAUUACUGGAGCGGGAAAUUGGGUCACAAACCCUGUAUACUUGUUAAGUGAAACAGUGGAUCACUUUCUUCACUCUCUGUAUAAAAUGAUGAUGUGCCAAAUCUUAAGCUGUGCUGGUAUUGAUCAGUUAACGCACUGAAAAGGAACUGAUAUUCGGAGUGGUCUUAUAGAUUACUACAGUUUUCUUCAGCAUUUCGUAUGACGGUGUUCCAAACUGAAACCUCUUUAACAGGAACAUUAUGUUUUAUGUAAAUGACUAGUCACAACCUGUUUCAGGUAUGCGUAACAUUUUUCAUUUCGGGUCGUUUCAAAACGUUUGUACCAUUUUAUUUUUAUAUAAUUUUCAAGUAUUCUAAUUAUUUAAAUUA